UCCCAUUUCCCAAUUUGGGAACUGAUUUAUCUCAACCCUCUCAUUUCCCACUACACUUCCACAUUUACCUCUCUCUCUCUCUCCCCCCCCCUAAUCCUUCUCGUAAGAGAAAUUAUGGACAAACGUCGCCGGAAGCAAGCCAAGAUCAUUCACUAUGAUUCUGAAGAGGUGAGUAGCAUUGAAUGGGAAUUCAUAAACAUGACCGAGCAAGAGGAAGAUCUCAUUUAUAGGAUGUAUAAACUCGUCGGAGACAGGUGGAAUCUAAUAGCCGGGCGAAUUCCAGGAAGGAAACCGGAAGAAAUAGAAAGAUUUUGGAUAAUGAGACACGGUGAAGGUUUUGCCGGGAGAAGAAAAGUGCGGGAGAUCAAGUAUUCUUCAUAAAAGAGAAAAACCCUUCAGCCAUUACUAUUGUUCCAUCCAUGAGUUUUGAGGAUUGUUCCUUUUGCUCUUCUCCUCUUGUUAUAUCUUCCUCUUCGCCUUUUGUUUGGUCGUUUAUUUCUCUAUUUCUCUUGUUUUUUUCUUUUUUUCUUUUUUUGGUGGCUGUGUAUCAAAGCUGUUUUGGAACGAAGUGAAUCUGAAUCAAAAUUAUUUCUGUA